AUGAGAGAUGAUAACUCCAAGAAAAGCAAGAUUUCCUGGCCCAAAUCAUUGGUCAAGAAGUGGUUCAAUAUCAAGAGCAAAGCCGAAGACUUUCAAGCAGAUGGUGUCCUUUACGGAGGUGUUGAUGAAGAGUGUAGGAGCAACUAUUCAGAGAGGGAGGCAUGCACUGGGAAGAAAAGCAAAACAGAGAGAUCAAGCAGAAGGUACUUAGACAGAAUGCGAAGAGUUAAGAAUGACCUUGAUGAAGCUCAGGUUACAGACGUGUAUAAUUAUAGAAUCUUUGUUGCCACUUGGAAUGUAGCAGGGAAGUCACCUCCAAGUUAUUUGAGUCUUGAAGAUUGGCUUCACACCUCUCCACCUGCUGAUAUCUAUGUUCUUGGGUUUCAAGAAAUUGUGCCUCUUAAUGCUGGUAACGUUCUUGGAACAGAAGAUAAUGGUCCUGCGAGAAAAUGGCUAGGCCUUAUUAGGGAGACCUUGAACAGCCUUCCUGGAACAAGUGGUGGUAGCCAUACUCCUUCGCCAAUCCCUGAUCCUAUUGUAGAGCUAGAUGCUGAUUUUGAAGCAUCAAUGAGGCAGAAGGCUACCUCUUUCUUCCAUCGCAGGUCCUUGCAAUCCUUGAGUUGUAGUAUGAGAAUGGAUAAUGACAUGUCACUGCCACAAGCUCGCUUUGAUCGCGGUCUCAGUGUCUGUGAUAGAAUGAUAUUUGGUCACAGGACAAGUGACUAUGACCCCAAUUAUCGAUUCUCCUUAGACGAUGAAAAUGGAACUGGUGACUCCCCAAUUACAAAACAAUAUUCACCACAGUCAUAUAGUGGUUGUUUCUCUAUGGAGGACAGUGAUAGACAGGCAGGACACUCAAGAUACUGUUUGGUUGCUAGUAAGCAAAUGGUUGGGAUAUUUUUAACAGUUUGGGUGAAAAGUGAUAUCAGAGAUGAUGUUCACAACAUGAAAGUGUCUUGUGUUGGCAGAGGGUUGAUGGGAUAUCUUGGAAACAAGGGUUCAAUAUCGAUUAGCAUGUCAUUACACCAAACAAGCUUUUGCUUCAUCUGUAGUCAUUUGACUUCUGGACAAAAGGACGGUGAUGAGCUAAGGAGAAAUUCAGAUGUGAUGGAGAUUCUCAGAAAAACAAGGUUUCCCAAGGUCCAUGACAUGUGUGAUGAGAAUUCUCCUCAGACAAUUCUGGAACAUGAUCGAAUUAUUUGGCUGGGGGAUUUAAACUAUCGAAUAGCCCUUUCUUACCGUUCAACAAAAGCUCUUGUUGAGAUGCAUAAUUGGAAGGCUUUAUUAGAGAAUGACCAGCUGUGCAUAGAGAAGAGGCAAGGUCGAGUCUUUGAAGGAUGGAAUGAAGGGAAAAUAUAUUUCCCUCCCACAUAUAAGUAUUCAAACAAUUCAGACAGAUAUGCAGGUGAUGAAAGACACUCCAAACAAAAGAGAAGAACCCCAGCAUGGUGUGAUCGUAUCUUGUGGUAUGGAAGAGGCCUCCACCAAUUAUCUUAUGUUCGUGGGGAGUCAAGAUUCUCUGAUCACCGGCCAGUUUAUGGGAUAUUCUUGGCAGAAGUUGAGUCUAUCAGCCGUAACCAAAUAAAAAAAAGCUCCCAUUGCCCCAGUUCCAGGAUUGAAGUAGAAGAGUUGUUGCCACAUUCACAUGGUUAUGGCUACACUGAUUUGAAUUUAUAUUGA